UAUGACUUUUUUUAUGCCUUUAAUAUUGCUAAAUUUUUAAUAUAAAUACAGUUGUUAACUUUCAUGCAUUUAUCAUUAUUUUUCAUACAAUUUUAUCAUUUUUAUAAUCAUCCCAAAUUUUCAAAAUUUCAUUUUAUCUUUAUCUUAUCAUUAACAAUGGUACAACUUGUCGCAGAUGUUUUAUUAUUAAUUUUAAACGAAUUGCGAGAUGAUCCUUCUUCUUUGCAUUCAUGUGUUUUAGUAAAUAAAUCCUGGUUUUCGUUAGCAAUGCCUAUAUUAUGGAGAUCUCUUUAUUAUACCCAUGAAGAUUCUAUUUCAUUCAAUAAAGUCUUCGAUGUUAUAUCAUAUUUUUUACCAUCAGAAAGUCCUUUAUUCAAAAAUGGAUUUAAAUUACCUUCAAACCGACAAUUAAUAUUUAAUUAUAUGACUUUUUUCACUCACAUUUCCCCUACUUUUGUUAAUGAUAUAGUGCAAUCAGUAACGACGGAGAAGGAAGCUAAAAUUUAUGAUUAUAAAAAAAAUAUGUUGGAGGAAGAAAUAUAUAAGGUGAUUUUCAAUAAUUGUAAGAAUGUAAAAUGUUUCUAUUGGAGUACAUAUCACUCCUUACACUUGUUUCCAAAUGCCGAACCAUUUUUCGCCAAUUUAAGUUCUUUAGGGAUAAGUCUAACAAUCGCGAAUCCAACAAUAUUAUAUGAAUUAGCUCGGAUUUGCCAAAAUAUAGUAACUUUAGAGAUUAAUGAAUGUAACAGAGAUUGCCUGGGUUUACUUCAUUUUAUUAACGUGCAGACUAAACUACAAUCUUUAUGCUUGCAUUUGUGUGAUGUAAGAGAACAACUCGUGUACUUAAGCGAAGCAAUUGAAGGGAAAGCUGUUACAUUAAAAAGAUUAACAAUAAAAUCAUCUGUUACAUCUAUUUCUCCUAAAUUUCUUCUCUCAUUAAGAAAUUUAGAAUAUUUAGUCCUUAACAAUUAUGUUAAUCAAUUAUCUCGAUAUACUAAGGUAUGGAGUUACUAUUUAAGCAAGGCUGAUUUUCCAAAACUAAGAUACUUUGAAAUGUCAUGCUUAACCAAUGUGUUAGAAUCUUUUUUGAUAUUAAAAUAUACCAACAAGUUUAAAUCAAUGACUCUUUUAAAUGACCAAUAUAAAUUAAUCUUUGAAAAUGAUUUAUAAAAAUAAUAUUAUAUUAUUAUAUAUAUGAUUUACCUCAAUUUUAAACAUCUCAUUAUUUGUAGCGCUUCGAGGGUGGACUUAUAAUUAUUUCAUGUAAUAGUUGCGGUUGCGACUUCAUAAAGAACGUUAUAGAGAUUAAUUUCAGUUAUAAAUUAAUUAUUAGAACUUAAUUAUAUUAAAUUAUUUAUAAAUUCAUUAUACAUAUUAUUAUUAUUAUCGAGAAGUAUUUUUUUUUUCAUUUAUCAAAAAUUUCUAUUUAUCUACUAUCAAUAAAAA